AUGAGGCCUAUUCUCAUGAAGGGGCACGAGCGCCCGCUCACGUUCCUGAAGUACAACCGGGACGGCGACCUGCUGUUCUCAUGCGCCAAAGACCACACCCCCACCGUCUGGUACGCCGACAACGGCGACCGCCUCGGCACCUACCGUGGACACAACGGCGCGGUAUGGUCCUGCGAUGUCUCCCGCCACUCCACGCGUCUCAUCACGGGGAGCGCCGACCAGACUGCCAAGCUCUGGGACGUCAAGACGGGGAAGGAGCUCUUCACCUUCAGAUUCGACGCCCCCGCGCGCUCCGUGGACUUAGCCAUCGGCGACCACCUGGCGGUCAUCACCACCGACAGUUUCAUGGGGAAUAUGCCCACCGCGCAGGUCAAGCGCAUCGCCGAGGACCUGCAAGACCAGACGGAGGAGUCAGCGCUUGUGAUCUCCGGCAUCACGGGGAGGAUUAACAGGGCCGUGUGGGGGCCCGGCAACCGGACCAUCAUCACCGCCGGUGAGGAUGCUACCAUCCGCAUCUGGGACUCUGAGACCGGAAAGCUGCUGAAGGAGUCAGACAAGGAGGUUGGACAUCAGAAGGCAAUUAGCUCACUGUCAAAAUCCUUAGAUUGGUCUCAUUUCCUCACAGGUUCCUUGGAUAAAUCUGCCAAGCUAUGGGAUGCAAGAACACUGACCCUGAUAAAGACAUAUGUCACAGAGCGACCGGUUAAUGCUGUUGACAUAUCUCCUACUCUUGAUCAUGUGGUUAUUGGAGGUGGCCAAGAUGCUAUGAAUGUUACUAUGACAGAUCGCCGUGCGGGUAAAUUUGAGGCCAAAUUUUUCCACAAGAUUUUAGAAGAAGAGAUUGGUGGUGUUAAAGGACAUUUUGGACCUAUCAAUGCAUUAGCAUUUAAUCCUGAUGGGAGGAGCUUUUCGAGUGGUGGUGAGGAUGGAUAUGUGAGGCUACACCAUUUUGAUCCUGAGUAUUUCAACAUCAAGAUGCUUAUGCUUACAUGUUCAUUUCCUAUCUUGUUUCAGGCUGCAGUUGAGAGACCUCCCUAG